AUGGCUUGUCAAAAUACAAUAUUCUCUGUUGACGGAUAUAACUACGGUUGUAUUUACGAUCAUGCCGACGUAAUCCAAUAUGCGUUCAAGAAAGAUGGGUGUUGUACCAAAAAUACUUCCGUCCACCGUACGGUGAUCACGAUAGUUGCAUUAUCGAUAUUCUUGCAAGUCUUGGAUCUUCCUUGGGAUUUGGAUAAUGACGGUUCAACUCCCGCACUGUCGGAACAAGUGUAUUGCGAAUUCGCCAUCGCCGAAUCAUCAUAUUGCUUAAAUCAUGACGCAAAACAAGAUACUGAAACAUCAACCGAAAAAAAAAUGGGUACCGUAUUGCCUUUUAUACAUGUUCAUGUAUUUACGCUUUUGUGCACAAUUCUAAUUUUCAAUAAUGCUGCUCAACCAAAAAAAUCAUUUAUUCAUUGUCGUCAUGUAUGUAGAUGUUAUAAUAAACGUUCAUGGCCUUCCAGAUAUGACUGGCGAAUUCCUUCUCUUUCUGCAUACGACGACUACUAUUAUAACCACUACCCAGUAAAUAAUAAUUAUUACGAUGCACCAUUCGACGAUGAAUCAGACGAAAUAUUACCUAUUCCCAAUACACUAUUUCUUGAUGAAGAACGAGAACAAGAUGAUAAUAAAAUUACAUCAUCACCGUCUCCAGCAACCAGUAAUACCACGAUUACAAUUCAGGCAACGAUUACUGUUCCUUUAAAUGCUACAAACAAUGAUUCAACCCCAAAUAUUACAUCGACCAUUCCUCAAACACAACAAAACAAAAAAUUAACUAAACGAAAAUUUACAAAAAAAUCACGUGAGAUAAAUCAGAAAGAAGAAAUUACAAAACCAUCUAAACAUAAUGCGUUAAUUCCGGGAAACAGUGCUAAUCCUAUAAAAGAAAAUAAAGCGCCAACAACAAAUAAUACUAAUAAUGACACUUGUAUUGUGAUUGAUCUUACAGCGACCAGUGCAGGAAUACGAACUGCAGCUGAAAUUCACAAGCGGACUGGUAUUGGCCUUUCGACAAUUUAUUAUAACUUAAAAAAAUUGGAAAACAAAAGGAGCGUAACUCGCUCAGGUCGGCUGAGGAAAAUCGAUUCUACGGCAUCAAGAUCAAUAGGACAACUUAUCCGUCGUAAUCCUGAAGAAACGACAAGUAGUUUAGCCGAAAAAUUGUCAAAGAAGGGUACCACAGUCUCUAGACAUAUUGCGUUUGGACGAGAAUUUUUUGCCUCAGAAAAUUAUCUUUACAUUGCCAACAUGGGUUUACUUUACAAUAUUCUCAACAACUUUCAAGUUUCCGAUAUUUGGAUCGUAUCACUAACUAUAGUGGUCUUAUAUGUAAUACAUUUUUAUUAUAAAUACUUUACCCGUAUUAAUCCAUUUCCUGGCCCAAUUCCAAUUCCGUUGAUCGGUAGUUUCGCAAUAUUUAUGGAAGACAUCGAUGAUUGGUUUCAUAAAUUAAACAAGAAGUACGGACACAAUGGCGUAUACGAAUUGAACAUUGCUGGCAAUAGACAAAUCGUUAUUACUCGCGCGGAAUAUGUUGAUAAACUCGUGGCUACCGAUAAUAAGGCGCAUCUCAUGAGAACCGCCAAUAAUGGUCUAUUGGGUUUAUUUGAUCUUGAGAAGAAAGGCGUAGGACUGAAUCACGACUACAAUUACUGGAAAUUCAAUCGUCAUAUUUUUUCGCAGGCCAUUAUGCCAUUAAGUUUGACCGAGAAACCGAGCACAAUUUUAAACCAGCUGUAUGACGAGAUGGCACGACAUUGGAUCGAUUUGAAGCAACCAAAUAACAAGGGAAGCGUUAUCGAUAUCUCUGCUUGGAUGCGUCAUUUUACGGCGGAUUUCAUAUCAAUGUUGACAGCUGGAAAGCGAAUGGCUGUCAUGCAGCACUAUUGCCAGAAACUAAAAAAUGAACCGCCCACCAAAGAGAUGAUCGAAACCGAAGAGUUUAUCGAAUGCAUAAAUGCCUUUGUAUCAGAUAAUCAAAUCAUAUUUGUACCCAAACUUUUAAGAGGCUUGCCUUUUAUUAGACCUCGUGUGGACAAACUGUUAAACAGUUGUCAUCGAUUUUACGACCUAUUGGUGAAUAUUGUUAAGGAAAAAAGAAAAGAGAUUGAAGAAAAAGGAGUGCAGGUCGACGCUGACACGCGGAUGGAUUUGCUAACAUCUUUACUCGUUGCCAAUACAAAAUAUGAUCCUAAUCCUCAAGACAACGUUGAUCCAUCAUUUACAAGACCGAUGAAUGAUGAUGAAAUUCGUGGGGUCAUGUUUGACGCGUUUGUUGCCGGCACAGAUACGACCGUAAAUACUUUCUGUUUCGCAUUAUAUUACAUCACGCAUCAUCCAGAAGUUAAAAAGAAAUUGCUGAAAGAGAUUGAAACGGUUUUCAAAAAUGACCCAAACAAACCGAUAACAUUAGAAGACCUUCCAAAAUUAAAAUACACUGAAGCGAUUAUUAAAGAAACGUCAAGGAUAAGACCUACAGUUAGUAUGGUCUCAAGAUACAGUAAUCGACCUGACGAAAUAGCAGGAUGCCAAUGGCCGGCCAAUACGUUAUUUAUAAUGUACGUUCGUGGGAUCAACAACAACCCACUUUAUUGGAAAGACCCUGAACGUUUUAUCCCGGAAAGAUUUUAUGACUCUCAAGGGAUACAUAAAAAUUCUUUCUCCAUGUUUGGUGGGGGUCCGAGAAUGUGUCUAGGUAGAAAAAUUGCAAUUAUCGAAUUGAUAACAUUAUUGGCCUCAGUUUACAGACAGUUUGAUAUUGAAUUGAUGGAUAUGAAUGCACCGCUUAAACUCGAAACUUCAACAAUCACAGUCUGUAAAGAGUUAAAGAUUAGAGUUAUUCCUAGAGAAAAAAUCGGGUCAAGAAACUGA